CACCCGUCAUUCCACAACAACAUUUUCCGUGUUGUUUGGAAAACUCCUGAGGGGGCGAAACAAUACACGCGGACACGGAAGAAGAACCAAUUGGUGACACCGGCAGCGGUGUAAGCAGAAAGUAAAUUGGGUGUAAACGCAACGAAAAACAUACGCGGCGGGCUGUGCGAGGGGUUGCUGUUUGCGCAUACAUUCCCUGCCCUGUCCCGUACCACACGACACCCACGUUCUUGCCGGGUGGCACAGUAGGCGACGGCGUGUGUGAGUGUGUGUUUUUUGGUGUGCCGUGGCAAAAACAACAAGGAGUCGGCAACUCCUUGCGCGGUUUUCGCGGUCCGCAAGGGAUGGAGUAAAGCUAGUUAAUUAAACGUGAUUUGUCAAAAGUGCUGGUGAGCACGAAAACAAAACAAAGGAAAAAAGGUGCAUUUUCCAAACCCAGUGCUGUGCCAAACGGGAGUGUCUCCGUGUGUCUGUGUGCGUUUGUGUUAUCCACGUUUUCCACCCGGAGGGAGACAAAGGGCAAAAAAGUGCAAACAAUCUCCGUGUUACGCACUGCACGCCCGUGUGUGUGUGUGUGUGUGUGUGCGUGUGGUGACGGAGCAGAGUAUCCCUGCAGCAUCCUGACGGCAACGAUACGAGCGGUGCAAUAGACACCGGAGGAGGUGGAGAUACGGCCAACGACACGGACGCGGAAAAGGAAAUGCUCCUGUCGACGGCCGAAUCGUCGGCCUACUCGGCACAGGAGGUAGCGGCCCGGCUCCGGGUGGACGUUCGCACGGGCCUGCGAUGGUCGGAAGCCAACAGUCGCUCCAAGAUCGUCGGCUACAACGAGCUCAACGCACUGGACGACGAGCCACCCUGGAUGAAGUAUGUGCAGCAGUUUAAAAAUCCACUGAUCCUGCUACUGCUGGGUUCCGCCCUCGUGAGUGCCUGUAUGCGACAGUUUGAUGAUGCAAUCAGUAUUACCAUUGCGAUCAUUAUCGUCGUCACGGUUGCGUUCAUCCAAGAGUAUCGUUCGGAGAAAAGUUUGGAGGAGCUCAAGAAGCUAGUCCCGCCGGAAUGUCACUGCUUACGGGAAGGUCGGCUGGAGACGUUUCUGGCAAGAAAUCUCGUACCGGGCGAUAUCGUGUACCUCAACGUAGGCGACCGCGUCCCGGCCGACAUACGCAUCUUCGAGGCGUUCGAUCUGUCGAUCGACGAGUCAAGCUUUACGGGCGAAACGGAACCGGCACGCAAAAGCGUCGAGGUGGUACUGAACGCCAACAACACCAAGAACCAUGCCAGUAUGAAAAACAUUGCCUUCAUGGGCACGCUAGUUAGAUGUGGUAAUGGAAAGGGUAUCGUAGUUAGCACGGCCGAAAACAGCGAGUUCGGCGAGGUCUUUAAAAUGAUGCAGGCCGAGGAAGCGCCAAAAACGCCGAUGCAAAAAUCGAUGGACAUUCUCGGCGCGCAGCUGAGCUUCUACUCGUUCUGCAUCAUCGGCGCCAUCAUGCUGCUCGGCUGGAUACAGGCCAAACCGCUGGUGGAAAUGUUCACCAUCAGCGUCAGCUUGGCCGUGGCCGCCAUCCCGGAAGGUCUACCGAUCGUUGUAACCGUAACGCUCGCUCUCGGCGUCAUGCGUAUGGCUAAACGGCACUGCAUCGUUAAAAAGCUGCCCACGGUCGAGACGCUCGGCUGCGUCACCGUCAUCUGCUCGGACAAAACCGGUACGAUCACGAAGAACGAGAUGACGGUCACCGUCAUUAUCACGUCCGACGGCUACAUGGCGGACGUAACCGGCGCCGGCUACAACGAUAAUGGGGAAAUUCACAUCCGCGACUGCAACAGCAUGGACAAUGCGAAGGCCAGCAUCAACCAGCUGCUCGAGGCGGGCGUCGUGUGCAACAAUGCGAUCAUCCAGAACGACACACUGCUCGGCCAGCCGACCGAAGGGGCGCUGCUGGCGGCGGCAAUGAAGAACGGCCAGUACUCGGCCGCGGACAACUAUCUGCGCAUCCAGGAGUACCCGUUCAGCUCGGAGCAGAAGAUGAUGGCGGUGAAGGCGGUGCCAAAGUACGCCAACACGAAGGAGGAGCUGUUCUUCGUGAAGGGCGCGAUCGAGAUGGUUUUGCCCCAGUGCACCAAGUUCUGGUACGGCGGGCAAGCGAUCGCACUGAGUAAACAGAACGAGGCAGAAUUCCUGCAGGAAGCGUACGAGAUCGGGCGGAAAGGGCUGCGUGUGCUGGCGAUUGCGCGGGGCACCUCGCUGCAGGAUCUGGUCUAUCUCGGGCUGGUGGGAAUAACCGAUCCGCCGAGACCGCUCGUGCGCGAAUCGAUCGAAAUGCUGCGCUCGAGCGGUGUGCUGGUGAAGAUGGUCACGGGAGACUCUCAAGAAACGGCCAUGGCAAUCGCUUCUAAAAUUGGACUAGACAUUGUGCACAUGCAGGCCAUGUCCGGGCAUGAUAUUGAUCAGAUGAACGAAAUGCAGCUGGAAAAGAUCAUCAACACGGUGAGCGUGUUUUAUCGCGUCACACCCAAGCACAAGCUCGCGAUCGUGAAGGCGCUGCAGCAGAACGGCCAUAUCGUCGGUAUGACGGGCGAUGGUGUGAACGACGGUGUGGCGCUCAAGCGUGCCGACAUUGGCAUUGCCAUGGGCAAGAACGGUACCGACGUGUGCAAGGAAGCUGCCGACAUGAUCCUGGUCGAUGACGAUUUCCAUACGAUCAUUGCUGCGAUUGAGGAAGGCAAAGGUAUUUUCUGGAACAUUCGCAACUUUGUCCGGUUCCAGCUGUCCACGUCGAUUGCAGCACUGUCGCUGAUUGCGCUGUCCACGCUGAUGGGCAUCUCGAACCCGCUCAAUGCGAUGCAAAUCCUGUGGAUCAACAUCAUCAUGGACGGACCGCCGGCCCAGUCGCUCGGCGUCGAGCCGGUCGACCAGGACGUGCUGAAGCAGAAACCGCGGAACGUGAAACAGCCCAUGAUUUCGAAAUCGCUCAUCAUCAAUGUGCUGCUGUCGGCGGGCAUCAUCAUCCUCGGUACGCUGUGGGUGUUCCAGCGCGAGAUGGCGGACGGGACGGGCGUGACGAGCCGCGAUACGACCAUGACCUUUACCUGCUUUGUGCUGUUCGACAUGUGGAAUGCGCUGAGCUGUCGAUCGCAGACAAAGAGUGUAUUUCAGAUUGGCCUGUUUACGAACCGGAUGUUCCUGCUGGCGGUCGGCUUUUCUCUCCUCGGCCAGCUGCUCGUCAUCUAUUUCCCGCCGCUGCAGAUGGUUUUCCAAACGGAAGCGCUCUCAGCGAUGGAUCUCCUCUUUCUCGUCUCGCUCACCUCGAGUGUGUUCAUCGUGUCCGAGCUGAAGAAGUGGUUCGAGCGCACCAUGGAGCGACGAAUGUACCGCAAGCGCACCGAGCUUGACUUUGUAUGACAAACAGCUCCCAAAGAUGCUGGAAGAUUGCACAAGGACUAAAUCCGGUUCCGCAUGGAAAGUGCGCGGACCGAAACGGAAAGAGUAAAACUGUAUAACCGACCGAGCGAAGAGCGAGGCCAGAAAGUGGCGGAACACGCGUGAGAGGAACGUUCCGUAUGCAAAGUAAAACAAACAAACAAACUUGACGGAAAUUUCGGUUGCGAUUGCGGCGGCUGCUACUACCAACUUCAACAACAACAACAACAACAACACCACCGAAGAUAGUAACCAACGACGACAACAACAGCAGGAAACAAAACAAACAAACAAACCAAUGCUACACAAAACACAAAACGGAAAACGACGACGCAUGACGAUCGACGACAAAUUUCUUAAGGCUAUAUAAAUACAGUGAAGAAGGAACAGCGGAGUAUUUUAACAGUUGCUUUCAAGGAACGCUUUCGGAACAGAACAAACCAACAACACAGAAACCACUAUUCCUAUUCGAGCAAGUGCUACUGCUGGGCCUCCUUUUAGACAAAUUAACCACCUAUAAAUGGAACGGCAAAGAGUCUCAAUAUUUCAUUCAAACUGUAAAAGGAAGGAUAUUAUAAAUAGUGCUCAACAGGGAUCGAAUUGAGGAUCGUGAAGGAGAUGAUAAGAAACAAGCACUAACUAUUACAUUCGAUUACGAGCCAGUUCAGAUUUGAAGCUGAAUGAAGCGAUCACACUUACACACUUAAAAAAAACGAAGGGAACAAAGUGGACAGAGAUGGCUUACAGGAUGGACACUUGGAGAGAGAAAAACAGACAAAUUAGACGCAUGCGUGGAAGGUGGAGAAUAGAUGAACCCCUCCCGCAAGAAGGAUUUCAGAACAAACAAACAAAUAGGCAUACCGAAAAGGGACAAGUUACAUGGUGGUCGGAUGUUUUAUUUUAUAUUUUAAGCAAAACAUUCGCUUACUUCCUUUCUGUGUCGUGUAUUCCAGGGAGUAUACGGAUCAGUUGUUUCUACUGGUUCUAAAAAGCGGUAUAUGCAGAUGGAGAUAGGGAAAACACCAUUACGUGCAUGCUCAAAUCUGGACUCAAAACAAUCUCGCUGUAUAUUUAUAUAUAGUCUACUACUAUGUUGUGCCUUUCUGUUACUACUAUUUAGCUUAACCUUCUUCUAGGGAAUCGUUUUCUUCUUUGUUUUUUUUUUGCUCCUAUUUUUCCAAUUUUACCACUCAAACGCUCUACCCUUGCGGUGGGAAAUGCAAUUUUUCUCUUCAUCUUAGUGUAAAAGCUUUUACAGUUUUUGUUUUAAUGGCACGGCAAGGACAAGUAAGGAUAGAAACGGAGCAUACAGGCGCGUCAUAUAACUAUCUUUCGUCUAAGUAUUACUAAGAAAGGGACAGAGCGAGAGAAGAGAGGCCUAGGUACGGUACAGUGUUUAGUAGCUAAGUAUUUAAAAUGGUUCAGUUUUGUAAAAGUCAGUUAGGUAGGGAAAACGAAGAAAGUGCGACGAACAGGACAGCUAAACACAGAGAGACGUUGAUUCGGAGCGUCUGAGCGGCUGUGCAUUCAGUGACUUUAAAAAAGAAAGAGAGAAAGCGUACUAUAAAACAUUUAAGUCGUUAAUAUGUUUUUUCUUUAUAUUUUUUUAUAUCACGUUUAGUUUUAUCAUACAUUUUAAUUUUUAUUUGUUCAUUUUUAUUUAUGUUUGUUUUAUUAUUUUUCUUUUUCAUGCUUUUGUUAAACGAAUUUAUGCUACCAACUGUAUGGCAAAGAGCGCAGAAGAAGUGGAAUUUAUAUGGAAUAGCUGGAAUCAAUCAAGACGCACGAAUGAAUAUUAAUGACAAUAUAUGAUGUAGCUGCGGAACUGCGAUCAUAAAUGCCAUACCUAGAGCAGGCAGGAAUUUGCUUUCCCUCAUCCUCUAUCAACACUUUUCACCACCUGGCCCGGUGCUUUGGUAUGUAAUAGUUUAAGUAAUCUUGUGAUAUAACGGCUAACCUUAACACACGUAGUCCUGCUGGCUUCUACGUCGGGUUUGGGCGCGGGAGUGUCUGUCCGUACCAUCAACCAUACCAUUAGCUGUCGUCGUAUGAAUAACAAACGCUUAUAUCUUUUGUGUAACCUAUACUCUGUGUGUAUGUGACAAUCGGCGUGCAUGAAUGGGACACCCGGGCGCCGGCAGUAUCCGGUGAGGCUCGCCCUCAAAACCGUCUUUCGGUUCGGGGUCAUAUUUUGCUUCGCCGCUCGCCGCUUUUUCCACUCCAACCGCUUGAUGAAAUGGCCCGGAACGCUUAAGAAUGUGAAGAGGAGAAAGUGUAAGCGUUCGAGAUCGCGCUCCCGAUAGCAAAUAUGUUGAAUGCCUUUAAAACUGUGGUAUUUGUGUUAGUUUCAGUUUAAUGAAUAUUCUGUUUACCUCAACUAGAUUUUCCAAAGUGUCCCCCGAUGUAACGUUUACAAUAUUGAAAGCGAAUAAGAAGCUGAGUUCCCUCUAAAACACAAAACAGUACAGUACACAACACAAUCACUAAAGAGAAAUUAAAAGAAACACACUACACAUAUACACUACAGAAGAAAACAACAAAACAUUUGAAGUUGAUCGGAAUCGGUAGUCUUCUAACAGGAAAAAGGGAAGGAUGUAAUAAAAAAAACGUAAAACACGAUUGUCAAAGCAGAAUCAGAACAACCAACAGCAGACAAAUCAACAAGAAUCGAAUGCAAGAGUGUGAAGGAAAAAAAUCCAAGUAAAAAGGGGGUGUAGAGCCAACACCAACCAGCCAACCAGAGAAAACCUCGAUCGCGCACAACAACAACAACAAGAACAACAGCAGCAGUUAAAACAGUGAACAGUCUUUUUGUGAACAGUGCAAUAUCUUCUAGCAUGAAAGGGGAGCAUGAAAUAUGUGUGUGGAAGGUGAACAAAAA